CGUCUGAAAAGAAACGGAUUAAACACAAAUGUUGUUAACAAUGGUCCUGAAAUCCCAUGCUAUCAUUGUGUUGCCCAUGCCAUGUCAUUUGUGCUUCAUGUCACAUGUUCUUUAUGUCAUGGGUUCUUCAUGUCAUGUCUGCUUCAUGUCAUGUGUGCUUCAUGUGCGCUUCAUCUCAUGUCUGCUUCAUGUCAUGCCAAAGAGGGAGAGAACCUGGUGACCUUACCUGGAACAACAGCUACAGCAGUGCUACGUGCGGGCACCAAGAAUGUCCUCGAUGUGACAUAUGACAAGAUGUUUGGAGACACAGCUUUCGAGUUGCCCAGGAUCAACUAUGCCUUCAAUGGACAGAAGUACAGAUAUGCCUAUGGGUCUGUUUUGACACAAGAUUCAAAUCUGUAUCCACAGCUGAUGAAGGUGGAUGUGCAGGAGAGACAAAUGUAUGAGUGGAAAUGUGAAGAGACUCACGUGGUUGGAGAGCCAGUGUUUAUUGCAGCACCAGAAGCCAAGAAGGAAGAUGAUGGUGUGGUCCUAUGUCCCAUCCUGGCAAACACAACCAAGGACUCGUCCUUCCUGCUGGUGUUGGAUGCCUCGUCUUUCACGGAGAUCGCCAAGGCCAGCACACCUGCUGACCUCAAGAUGAAUGUCACCUUUCAUGGCAUUUUUGUCAACAAGGUGUUCUAG